UGGUGCUUUCGUCUUCCACGGCUUUGAACGAACCUUCGAUUUCAAGCUCCGAACUCAAAAACACCUUAGAAUCUCCAAAAUAAUUCAAACUAAAUUUCGAAUCCCUAAAUUGAUUGAAUCGAUUCAGCUUCAAACCACGGAAGAAUGCAUUUGCACUUGUAGUCUCAUCCAAAGGUGUAAUCUCCUGUUGUAGACUUGUAGUCAUUAAAAAUUCAAGUUUGGCUCUCAUGUGCUGUGGUACUACAGUAUUGUCAUGCACUACUGUGUUUACCGGGUUUAUAACGGAGAGGGUGUGCGGAUACUGAUGCGAUGGCAGCGUCUAGUAAGUUUGAUAUGUCAUCUGGCAGCCCUGAUAGGCCAUUAUAUCCACAGCGUGCAUCCUUCACAGCUGCUUCAUUGGACAGAUUGGGUAGCUUUCGUGAGAAAAUGGAGAAUCCAAUCCUCUCAAGUCUUCCAAGCAUGUCAAGAAGCUGUUCUGCUGUAACACAAGGAGAUGUGUUGAACUUCUUCCAAUGUCUGAGGUUUGAUCCGAAAUCAGUGGCAGAGUAUAAAUUUAGUAGACAAGGGGAUUUUAAGAGGACCACAAGUGUUGCUCUUGGCCUUCCACUUGAUGACUCUCCUUCUGGUUCUUCAAAAGGCAAGCUCCUGCCUUCUCCCUCACCAGAGGAACUGAAACGGCUCAAGGCUGGUCUUCGUGAAAUCUCCAGUAAAGCCAGGGAGCGUGUGAAGAUCUUUAGUGAAGCCUUGUCUGUUAUCAAAAAGUGUUUCCCAAGCAUACCAUCAAGGAAGAGAUCCCGACCAGAUUUUUUGUCCACCGACCGAUCCAAUGCCUCACUCCCGAAUGAUCGGCCAGUUCUAGGGACAGUCAUGGGUAAGAUGGGAAGUCAGAGUCAUGCCAUUGGCAGUGCUUUUGAACUGGAGCAGCAAAAGUCGGAAGAAAGGACCAAAAUUGCCAAUCCAAACAAGCGCACACGAACUUCUGUGGUGGAUACGGAUACGCGUGCAAUAACUCCUGCCAGAGCAUCUGGGAGUAUGGAUAGGGAUAGGGAAAUAUUAAGACAUCCAAAUAGUGGUGCAAUUCAGGGUGAGGAUCGAACAUUAACCAUAGGUGUUGAUGGUUGGGAAAGGUCAAAAAUGAAGAAGAAGCGUUCUGGGAUCAAGCCAGAUGUCUCUCCAAGUCGUAUGACAUCAAAACCUGUUGAUGGCUACAGGGAACCCAAACAAGGAAUGCAGCCAAGACUUUUUACAGAUGCUCGAUCAAGGUUGAAUGACUCUCAUGGGUUCAGGCCUGGAGUUGCUAAUGGAGCUGUUGGAGUUGGAAAAGCAGAUGGCACCUCACAGCAAACUGGCUUGGGCAUGCGUUCAUCCAUCCCUAGGGCCGAUCAGGACAAUAGUUCCCAUGUCCAUGAUAGAAGAGAUCGUCCUACUGGUUUAGACAAGGAAAGGAUGAAUCUCAGAGCUGCUAACAAGACCAAUAUCCGAGAAGAUUUCAAUUCGGCUAGCCCUACUUCAAACACAAAAAUGAACGCAACUGCUCGAUCUCCACGAUCAGGUUCAGGUGUUGUGCCCAAGUUGUCCUUGAUUGUUCAACGAACAACUGCUGCUAGUGAUUGGGAGCUUUCUCAAUGCACAAGCAAGCUCCCUGCUGCUGUUUGGGCUAACAAUCGCAAGCAGCGGACGCCAUCAACAAGGUCUUCAUCACCACCUGUUGCACAUUGUGCUAGCCAGAGGCCCCAAAAGAUUUCCCGUACAGCUAGAAGGACAAAUUUCGUUCCUGUCAUUUCAAGUAAUGAUGAAACCUCUAGUUUGGAUACGGUAUCUGAUGCUGCAGGUAAUGAAAAUGGGUCAGGAUUUGCAAGAAACUUGCCCAGUAAUACUCCUCAACCUGUUAAAUUAAAAGGUGACCACUUUCCUAUGGCUGCGUUAUCAGAAAGUAAGGAGUCAGGGGCCACUGAAACUAAAUAUAGAGAUAAAAUUAAGAAGUCAGAUGAGAUGGAUGGGAAAGCUGGUCAGAACGUUCAAAAGGUGUCAGCUUUGGUGUUGCCACCAAGAAAGAAUAAACUUGUCAGUGGGGAAGAGCUCGGAGAUGGUGUUCGGAGGCAAGGGAGGACUGGCCGAGGUUUUACUUCCACUAGAUCUCUCAUGCCAAUGACAGUUCAAAAGCUUGGCAAUAUGGGAACAGCAAAACAACUCAGAAGUGCCCGAGUUAGUUUUGAUAAGACUGAAAGCAAAGCAGGUCGUCCGCCAACUCGGAAACUUUCUGACCGCAAGGCUUAUACACGUCAGAAACACACUACUGUUAGUGCAGCAGAUUUUCUUGAUGAUGGGCAUGAAGAGCUGUUGGCUGCUGCAAAUGCUGUUAUUAAUCCCAGUCAUGGUUUUCCUAGUCCAUUCUGGAGGCAAAUGGAAGCAUUCUUUUGUUAUAUAUCGGAUGGAGAUAUAGCCUUUUUAAAGCAACAGGGAAAAUCAGUAUCCAGUGUGCCAGCACCAACCUUAGUUCCUCUAUAUGGAGAUAGUUUCAGUACUCCCAGUAAUGGAUUUCGGUUAAUUGAAUCUGAGGAAGCUAUGAAUGGAACAGAAGGUGUUGAACCCAUCCCUGAACAGUGGACAAGGAGUCCUAAUGAAAUUCCCCUUUGUCAGAGACUCAUUGCGGCUCUAAUCUCGGAAGAAGGAAAUGAAGAGCUCUGCUGCAGUGGGAAUGAAGACCUCAAAUUUGAUAUUCAUGGAUCGGAAUUUGAGAUCGAUGCAGAGUUGGAAUCCAGUCCUUUGUGUCAUCGGUCAUCAAGAAACCUUCACCUUGCUGGACGUGCUGCUUUUAAUGGUUACAGGAUAACUUCAACUGGGAAAUCCCUUGAUAAACUCGAGCACAUUGCGCUAGAUAAUGACAUGACAGCCAUCCCAGAAACAGGGAUACUUUCAACUUCUGAUCAUCUUGAAAAUGGCUUACUUUCAGACCAAGCAGUGGUGCCUGGCACGGUCUGUUCUGAGUUUCAGUAUGAUAGUAUGACCAUAAAUGAAAAACUUCUCCUGGAGCUUCAGAGUAUUGGACUUUAUCCAGAGCCAGUGCCUAAUUUAACACACACUGGGGAUGAUGAAAUCAAUGAUGAUAUCAGAAGGCUGGAGGACAAGUACCAGGAACAGGUUUCCAAGAAGAAUGGCUUGCUUGGGAAGUUGUUAAAAUCUGCAUCAGAGACACGAGAGAUUCAAGAAAAGGAGAUUGAACAGCGUGCUCUUGACAAGCUUUUAGCAAUGGCUUAUGAGAAGUAUAUGACUUGUUGGGGUAAGAGUGUCAGCGGAAAAACGGCCAAGCAAGCUGCCUUGGAUUUUGUUAAGCGGACACUAGAGCGAUGCCAAAAAUUUGAAGAUACAGGCAAGAGCUGCUUCAGUGAACCGUUAUUUAGAGAUAUGUUCCUCUCUGGGUUUGCCCACCUCAAUGAUGCACAAACAGCUGGUACUGCUGCUGAUGGUGAAUCUGGCAAACAGUAUGUCAACACAUCUGGUUUUUCAGCUCCGAUGGGUACACAACAAAGCCCUUCUCUCGACAAUCAUGACAAUUAUAUAAAUAAUGUGAUUGCCUCUGUAAAUCCUUCAUCUGAACAAGAUAUUGGUAAAGAAGUCACGUGGUCAGGAAGGAUAAAAAAGAGGGAGUUGUUGCUUGAUGAUGUUGGUACAAUUGGUUCUUCUAGUGCCCCUCCAGUUAAUGGAAGAUCUCUUUCAAGCAGUGCAAAAGGAAAGAGGAGUGAGAGGGACAGAGAGGUUUUAUCCAGAAAUGGAACCACUAAAGUUGGUAGGCCUGUGUCAUGCAAUGUUAAGGGGGAAAGAAAGUCUAAAACAAAGCCUAAGCAGAAAACUACUCAACUAUCUGCUUCUGUCAAUGGCCUUAUUGGCAAGAUGUCUGACAAACCUAAAACACCAUUACCUACAGUUCCGAAGUCGAGUGAGAUGAUUACAAGUGGCAGUGCCAAGGGAAAAGAUGAGUUUGGUUCGGAUGUAUUGGGUGAUACUGAGGGUAUUGAUUUAUCCAACCUGCAAAUCCCUGAAAUGGAUGUUCUAGGUGUUCCUGAUGAUCUUGGUGGUCAAGGACAGGACAUUGAUUCAUGGUUGAACAUGGAUGGAUUGCAAGAGCAUGAUGACUAUGUGGGUGGCCUUGAAAUUCCGAUGGAUGACCUGUCAGACUUACAUAUGAUGGUUUGAACUUGAAGUUGCCUUUUUUGUAUAUUCCUGUUCAUUAUACUAAAUACAGAAGAAACAUAAUUGCCGUUUUCAAGAAAUGACCAACUACACGAAUGGUUGUUUAACUGUCCAGUCCAUAAUUGGGCUAUAGAUUUUUUCGAGACUCCUGCACAAUUUGUUUCAUGUGAUCCCAGUCGGAUGUUUUGGAUUUUGCUUUUUAAGUUGGUGACUUCGACUGUAAAGAUCUUUUUGUUCAAUGUACAAGAUAGUCUGUUGUAGUCGUCGUAUCUUAGGUUUAGCAAACACCGAAUUCUGGUUGUAGCUUUUACAGAUAAGAGAACAAAGCAUUCUGUACAUACAUUUUGAAUUUCCAAUAAAAUCAACUUUUCCUUGAUGCAA